CAAAAACAUAUCCAAGUUAUCCAGAAUAAAGCAUUUCAAAGAUAAGCAUCAAUGGCAGGACUAAGUGGUUCCUCUCUAGCUGUCUUGGAAGGCAGCCUCCAGCUCAACGGCUCCACCCGUUUGACACCGGUUGGGAACAACCGGAUUGGUGUUUCCCGGUCUGGACUUGUGGUUAGAGCCCAACAAGGACAAGGCGAAAAAGAAACUAGCAGAAGAGCUGUGUUGGGACUCAUUGCCACUGGUCUUGCUUCUGGUUCUUUUGUUCAGGCUGUUCUUGCUGAUGCUAAACCGAUCAAGUUGGGACCACCUCCACCACCUUCCGGUGGACUCCCUGGUACUCUUAACUCCGAUGAGGCAAGAGACUUUGAUCUACCAUUGAAGAACCGGUUCUUCAUCCAGCCAUUAUCACCAACCGAGGCCACAGCUCGUGUAAAGGAAUCGGCAAAAGAAAUUGUAAAUGUCAAGGAGUUCAUCGACAAAAAGGCAUGGCCAUAUGUCCAAAACGAUCUUCGUUUGAAGUCGGAGUACCUUCGUUAUGACCUCAAGACGAUCAUCUCCGCAAAGCCAAAGGACGAAAAGAAGGAACUCAAAGAUCUCACCGGGAAGCUUUUCCAGAACAUGGCUGAUUUGGACUACGCAGCAAAGAUCAAAAGCCCGGCUGAUGCAGAGAAGAUUUGUUUGUUAAUAAAUGGAUAUGCCAAUGGGCCGCCGCCCUGA